AGCCUACUGGGAUUGAAAUUAAAAGCACAAUUUCAAUUGAAAAAUCGAAAAUAGACUUUACGAACCUAUCGAAAUAGUUUUCAACUUAAGGGCCUAACAGAAGGCCAUGAGAACAGUUCCAAAAAAUCCCCAGAAACAACACAUUAUUUCUAAAAAGAACUCUACUUUCUCAGUUGUGAUACAAAUUUUGGUUAGCUUAUAUACAUUUAUAGAAUAAUUAUUUCUAAUUGGACAACAUGGAGGACACCUACCUCUUGGCCUUGGUCAUUUCUAUUUUUUGCCACUUGACGGAUCUCUGCUUCAAUCCCAUGGAGCCCUGUAAGGAAUCGACUGUGUUUAUAUUUCUCGCAAUGAUGACUUUGCAUAAAAUCGAUGCCCAAAACUUGAAUCGAGCUUCCACCGAUUUUCGGUCGAAGAUCAAGCAGGUCCUGACCCUCUGCAUAGCGAUGCAAGUACUUCUGGUCGUCGCCUGGUUUCCUUUCGCUAUAAUCGUUAAUUUCGUCGUAAAUAUGGUAUGCAAGGGUGUUCGAUACUUUGGGCCAGGAGAACAUGACUGGAUGAUCAACCGAGUCGAAGACAAUGGAGCGUCCGUCAUAAUACUGGUUUUGGAGUCAUUUGCUCUGUUUAUGGGCUUCGAGAUGAGGGAUAUGCAGCGAUUUUUUGGUUCGAAGGACGACUGCCUCUCGGAGAGUAUCCUUUCGUUUGUAAAGAAACAACAAGACCGGGUUAUACAACGGGAGAGGCGAAAUCACAAUAAGAAGCAUAAAAAGAAACGAUCCAAGAACAAGGACAGUACAGCCUUUGAAUACCUUUGAAUAAAAAACAAGAAAUAAAUUCCAAAAAUAAUAAGGUAAAGGAGUCACUUAGAGACUAACUUACCAAAAACAAUUUUGUAAGAACUUUUUGAAAUACAAAUACAUCUGAUAUAUAACCAAUA